AUGGAGGAAGUUGCUGAGUGUUACCUUAUGGAGUUGACUCAACGCUCUCUUCUUCAGGUCACAGAAAGGAAAGCAUGUGGAAGAGCUAGAAUAUUUGUGAUGCAUGAUCUUGUGCGAGAGGUUACGUCAAUCAUUGCUAAAAAGGAGAAGUUUGGUAUUGCACAUGGUGGUGCCAGUACAACCCAAAUUGCCCAUGAAGCUCGCCGCUUAUUCAUCCAAAGCGGUGCCCAGACCAUGAAUUCUUUAAGUAGCUCACGGCUCCGCUCAUUCACUUUGUUUGACACUGAAGUACCAUGUUCUUGGAUACGUGAUCUUUUAUCACGUUUCAGACUGCUGAGGGUCCUAUGCCUAAGAUUUGCAAAUAUUGGACAAGUGCCUGCCGUGGUCACAGAAUUGUAUAACUUGCGCUAUAUUGAUUUUUCGUACACAAAAGUGAAGAUAAUACCAACAUCAUUCAGAAAACUUGUUAACCUACAAGUUUUGGAUCUCAGAUUCACCUACGUAGAGGAGUUGCCACUGGAAAUAACUAUGCUAACUAAUUUACGGCAGCUACAGGUGUGUGCAGUCUAUGAUAUUCUACUAAGAUCAUUGAACUGCCUCAGCGCUACAAAAAUUCCUGGUAACAUUUGUCGUCUAAAGAAUCUCCAAGCUUUGCAGGUUGUUUCAGCCAGUAAAGAUUUGGUUUCACAGCUGGGGAACUUGAAGUUAAUGAGAACUUUGGCUAUUGCGGAAGUGCAACAAAGCUACAUUGCAGAGUUAUGGAACUCGCUAACAAAGAUGCCUAACCUGAAUAGACUACUUAUUUCCACGUGCAAUGUGAAUGAGACUCUCGACUUGAAAAUGCUAAAGCCGUUGCCAAAUCUGACGUCAUUCGUCCUGUCAGGGAAGUUGGAGGGAGGCUUGCUCCCAUCGAUAUUUUCUGUGAAAUUAAAGCUGUUAAAAUUGGACUGGUCUAGUCUGAAGAAGGAUCCUGUUAGCUCUUUCUCUCAGAUGUUAAAUCUUGUUGAUCUAUUUCUCACUGGAGCAUAUACUGGGGAACAGCUAACUUUUUGCACCAGAUGGUUCCCCAAUCUCAAAUCUCUGCAAUUAGCUGACAUGGAACAUCUGAAUUGGAUUGAGGUAGAGGAUGGAACAAUGGUGAAUCUAGAUGUUUUAUCACUUGCUGGUUUAAGGAAUCUAAAGGUUGUACCUGAGGGCAUCAAGUACAUUAGGACACUCCAUGAGAUGUUUCUGAUAGAUAUGUCAAAUGAGUUCAUAAUAAGACUGCAUGGAAGUGACAAUCACAUUGUUCAACACAUACCCAACAUCAAUAAGUUUGACUCUUCUGAUUCUCAAGCAGUAAAUAACGUCGCUUAUCUGCCGUGGCUUGCCAAGAAGUUUGGUCCUGGUGCAAUUAAGUAUGCCUCUAUAUACUGUGGCUCAUCUGGCUCUUGA